GAAUUUGUCUGGUGUAAAAUUGGGGGCGAUGAUGAAGAUCAGGAUUAAUGUUAUCCAAAAAAGAAUAACUGAAAGGGGUUUAGAGUGAAGACAUUGUACAGCGGCUUGGCUUCACUGACAGUAAAAGAUGGUACGAUUAUUAAGGGCAAUUUUGACGUUGCCGGCUGCACUGGCACUCUUUCUGCUGCUGUUGGACUGUCUCGUGGAAACAGCCUCAGAAUUCAACCCUUACGAAGUUCUCGGCGUCACCAAGAGCGCUAGUCACGCCGAAAUCAAGAGGGCGUACAAGCAGCUAGCCAAACAAUGGCACCCAGACAAAAACAAAGAUCCAGGGGCUGAGGAUAUGUUUAUCAAAAUUACAAAAUCUUAUCAGAUCUUGUCCAAUGAGGAAAUGAGGAUGAACUACGACCGGCACGGGUGGAUGGACGAGGGCGCCGCCCGCGAGCAGCCGCAGCACGGCUUCCGCCACUUCCACGACAGCUUCUACUUCGACGAGAGCUUCUUCCACUUCCCGCGGGCGAGCCGCGACUUCGCCGACAGCAAGUACAUGCUGCGCUACGCGGAGUACGUCAGAGACGUUGUCCCGGACAGCUUCAAGCGGCCGUACCUGAUCAAGAUCACGUCGGACUGGUGCUUCACAUGCGUCCACAUCGAGCCGGCCUGGAGGGAGGCGGUGCAGGAGCUGGAGGCCCUGGGUGUGGGGAUUGGGGUGGUGGACGUCGGUGAGGAGCGACGUCUGGCCAACCAGCUCGGGGCGCACCGCACCCCCUCCAUCCUGGGCCUGAUCAAUGGCAAGGUCACCUUCUUCCACUAUGCCGUCGUCAAGGAGCACCUGCGACAGUUCGUGGAGGAUCUACUCCCGCAGAGGCUGGUGGAGAAGGUCACCGAUAGAAACUACCUGGAUUUCUUAAACAGCUGGUAUGAGGAGAACAAGCCACACGUGCUGCUCUUUGACCAAGUGCCUGCGGUCCCCCUUCUUUACAGGCUUGCCGCGUUCACGUACAAAGACUAUGUGCGGUUCGGGUAUGUGGACCAGGGGCUGACAGAGACAGCGGACCUCCAGCAGCGGCUCAACAUCAACACCUACGCCCCGACCAUGCUCCUCUUCAAGGAGAACACAGAGAAACCGGCUGACAUCAUACAGGCGAAAGGGAUGAAGAAACAGAUUGUGGACGAAUUCAUCUCCGCCAACAGGUUCCUCCUGGUGCCCCGCCUGGUGAACCAGAAGCUCUUUGACGAGCUGUGUCCUGUGAAACAGUUCCACCGACGCAGGAAAUACUGCGUCUUGUUGAUCACGGGUGCGGGCGAGUCCUUCGCCCCCAGGAACGACGCCUUCCUGGCCUUCGCCUCUGCCAACACCAAGGAGGUCCUGAGGUUCGCCUACGUCUACAAGGAGAGCCAGCAACCCCUGUGUGACGCCCUGCUGAAGAACAAGGAGAGUGUGCCGCCCCAGGUGGUGAUCCUGGAGAGGCGGAACGCGGCGGGGAAGGUGCUGUACAGGGCGGUGACGGGCGGCUGGAACGGCAGCGAGGAGGACAAGUACCGCCUCCAGGAGCAGCUGGACCUGCUGCAGAAGGACCCCUCCUUCCUCCAUUACGACGCCACACUACCCGAGCUCAACAACGAGUUCGCCUCCAUGUUUCUCAUUCAGUGGAUGUAUUCGGCUUAUGACUACCUCUCUCAAAUGGUGGAGGAUCUUCUUCAACGCAACUGGCGCGAAAUGAUGCCACUGCUGUCUUUGAUCUUCUCCGCCCUCUUCAUCCUGUUUGGCACAGUCAUCAUCCAAGCUUUCAGCGAUCCCAGCGAAGAGAAACAGCCCAAGGCCAAGGGGAAGGAAGCCCCGAAGGCAGAGGAGCGGUCAGAAGGCAGCGCGGACCCAUCAAGUCGUCCACCGAAGAAGGACUUUGUGGAGGUGACUGAGCUGACGGACAUCACGUACACCAGCAACCUGGUGAAGCUGCGACCGGGGCACAUAAACGUGGUGGUGGUUCUCACCGACGCCUCCAAGAAUGUGCUGCUCAGCAAGUUUGCCAAAGAGGUGUACUCCUUCACCAGGAGCUCCACGCUGCACUACUCCUUCCUGAACGUGGACAAACACCGGGAGUGGAUGGACGCGCUGAUGGAGUUGGCGCCGGAUGCCAUGCGGGCCGACGGCGAGGAGGACGACGCCCCCCACGGGGCCGACUACACGGGCUACGUGCUGGCCCUCAACGGCCACAAGAGGUACUUCUGCCUCUUCAAGCCCGUCUACACCGGCGAUGACCUGGACGGGAGGCCCCCCGGCGAGGGCGGGGCCGCCGGCGGCAGGCCCAGGUCGGGCUGGAGGGAGGAGCAGCCGCGCAAGCCGCACCCCCGCCCCGCCUCCUCCACCCUCCAGAUCCAUCAUAAACUGGACCGGCUGGGCCUCUGGAUGGAGCACCUCAUGGAGGGGACCCUGCCCAGGCAUUACAUCCCCGCCUGGCCCAGCCCGGACAAGAUCACGGCCCGCAAGUAGGUCUCCACCAAGGGGCCCCCCCGAACGCGCCCCGGGAAUCUGGUGUUCCUCAAAUAAAGCCCCUCAUC